AUGUCCGGAGGUCUGGAUGUCCUUCAAAUGAAGGAGGAGGAUGUGCUGAAGUUCCUGGCAGCAGGAACCCACCUGGGAUGUACCAACCUGGACUUCCAGAUGGAGCAGUAUGUCUACAAGAGAAAGAGUGACGGUAUCUAUAUCAUCAACCUGAAGAAGACCUGGGAGAAGCUGCUCCUGGCAGCCAGGGCCAUUGUUGCUAUUGAGAACCCGGCUGACGUGUGCGUCAUCUCUUCCAGGAACACUGGACAGAGAGCCGUGCUGAAGUUCGCCUCUGCCACCGGCGCCACCACCUUCCACGGUCGCUUCACCCCUGGAACAUUUACCAAUCAGAUCCAGGCUGCUUUCAGGGAGCCCCGCCUCCUGAUCGUGACGGACCCUCGCGCUGACCAUCAGCCGCUGACCGAGGCCUCCUACGUCAACAUCCCCACCAUUGCCCUUUGCAACACCGACUCCCCGCUGAGAUAUGUGGAUAUUGCCAUCCCCUGCAACAACAAGGGUCACCACUCUGUGGGUUUGAUGUGGUGGAUGUUGGCCCGGGAGGUUCUGAGGAUGAGAGGAACCAUCUCCAGGGAACACCCAUGGGAGGUCAUGCCUGAUCUGUACUUCUACAGAGACCCUGAAGAGAUUGAGAAGGAGGAGCAGGCCGCUGCUGAGAAGGCUGUGGUGAAGGAGGAGUUCCAGGGUGAAUGGAGCGCCCCUCCUGCUGAGUUCACCCAGCCCGAGGUGGCCGACUGGUCUGAGGGUGUCGCAGUGCCAUCUGUGCCCAUUCAGCAAUUCCCUGCUGCAGCAACAACGGCGGCAGCAGCAGCAGCUGCUCCAGCCGUCAAGACUGGAGAAGUCUACUCUGCAGAGGACUGGAGCACUCAGCCUGCCACAGAGGACUGGUCCACCGCUCCCACCGCUCAGGCCUCCGACUGGGGUGGUGCCACUUCUGACUGGUCUUAA